AUGGCGUCGCUGAGAAUUUGGCAAGGGGGCCAAGGUGGAAAAGGAGUACGGCAAAGCCGAGACUCGUCCCCAUGUGUACGAGGUCCUACUGUAGAUCACAAGCCGCUGGACGACUUUCGAGCUGAGGUCCCAAAAGCAGCGCGAGUUAGAGCACCGGGCCCGGGUAACUACUUGCCUCUUCAGGCUUUCGGAUGGUCAGAUAAUCAUGCCCAUGGGGUUGAGAUUAGCAAUAUCAAUUCAGUAGGAGAGUUGCUCACCAAAAGUGGAGGAUCCGUUCGUGUAGUUUGGGCCCCAAAAGAUGUGCCACAUCCUAAUACAGUCGAAGGAUUCGUGGAGCUAUUCGAACGAUGCGAAAUACCUAGCGCCUUUGUCAACGAAAGUUUGCAAGGCGUCUCUCAAUCUUUUGGUGUACACUACGAUACGGAUAGUUCAACGUGCCUUUGGUUCCACAUCCUCUGUAAAGAUGUAACAGUAGAUCAGGACCGAAUUGUGCACCCUCAAAACAAAGCUGAAAGCCAAGAUGCAAACCGCAUCGCGGCACAAAGUCAGAGCCAGGCGAACUACACAUGGCUAAAGCCCGGCUUCGUGCUCAAAAUACGAGACUCGAGUACACCACAACCACUCAGAACCAGCUCUUCGGCCAGCGAUGUCACGGUAGCAGUAAUAUCUACGCCGCCACAAGUUGAGUUGUUCUGCUUUGGCGCACCAAAUACACUGCGAGAUCGCUUUCGAAGAUUGAUAGGCACGGCUAAGGGUGGGGACCUGAUAAAUGAUCCGUAUAUCCUUAUGGACAUUGUCUUUGAAGAGAUGUUCAAAAUGUUGGACCGAACUUCUUGGAUAGUUGGAAACAUCUUUGGUAGUAUUGAAACGGUAAUACUUGCCUGCGGCUCAAUCUAUGCAAAGUAUGUUCUAAUGAAUUAUCAGCAAACACUGAGCAUGGCAAGCACACCAGGAAAGGCUACGACAGAGCUGCCUGACGACCACUUUACGGGCCUUCAUAACUUGGCAAAGCAUACCAUAUUUCUGCGCGAAAACUGCGAAGCAGCGUUAACAACACUAAACGACCUGCAAGAUAGCCACAAAUCGAGAAUGAGGGAUCGUCCGCAUCCCUCGCAAAAACUCACGUACCAGGCGCUCCAAUACCGCCGCACGCUAUUCCAAUCGACGCAGUGCCGGCUGACAAGUCUGGAUGCGCGCAUGGCCAACAUCAUCCAACUAUCUUUCCACAUUGUUACGCAAGGUGACAGCCGUCUGAUGCAAUCGGAAAGUCAAAGCAUGAAGACAAUAGCAGUCAUGACCCUAAUCUUCAUGCCGUUGAGCACCAUCGCCGCUGUCUUCGGAACCGAAUUCAUGAAACUGCAGGAUGAGAAGCCGUAUCAUAUGACGGUAUCGCGGGAUUUCUGGCUGUUAUGGGUCAUCGCAGUACCCCUAACAGCGAUUGUCGUGGCUGUUUGGUACGCCUGUUACAAGUAUGCGAAGGGGCGUCUAGUAGACCAAAUGCCGCAGCAGUUCAAGGGUGAAUCUGGUUAUACGAGAUGGAAGAAUAUGAGAGUGCGGAAUAGACCGCCCUAA